CAUAUUUCCAUCUGUCUUGCAAAACAAUCACGGUCAGAAAACACCCUUCAGCUGCUUGUUCCUACCACACAUAUGCCCCGCCAUCUUAGCCGAGUUCGAGUUCGUGCCAAGAGAUUGAACGUGCCGUCAUAUCCAGAUAACUGAACGAACUGGUUGGAAGACUUGGGUAGCUGCAUAUUUUGCUAACGGGGCACAGCCUUAUACAGUUACACGCAACGGUCCCCCUACAGCGGUCUGUUUCGCACCGUGGGUGGUUCCCCCAUCCAGCCUUCCAUCAGUUCUCGACAGUGACUCGACAGUCGACUGAUCCCGGGACUAGAGUUUGGGUCUUUUUUAAUGCUUCAACAUGUGCUCUCAGCGGACUUGAAAGGACCCGAAGACCCCGGAUCAGCCGGUUUCCCCCAGCCUUCAGGGCUGCUUGGCGGCAUUACAGUACCGGUUGUAACGCCACUGUCAUCCGAUGGCUGAUGGGAGUUGGCAGCAGCGCGUGUGCAUUCGACUGCCAUUCGUGUCUUUUGAUUAGUGUGACCCCUGAACUGAAAAAAAAAAGUCAUCCACCAAUCCGCGACGAACGACAGCGCUGGGCCCCUUGCAUUAUCUGUUCCUUUGCAUGACCUUUUUGUCCCCUGUGAUCUUUCCUCUGUCUAAUUCCCAAACCUCGACAUCUUUGUUUGCUUCACUUCAUCGUUUUUGGCUUUGCCCAUUCUUUCCCAAAGCCGGUGUCGCUCGAUACUCUAGCCUCGCCGUUGUCGCCGAGCGAAGACCCCAUAGAGUCGUGUUCUAGCGGCCCCGAGAAGCCCGAACCUCGUCGUUACCCCGGUCUCUUUUUUCAGUUACUAGAGAAUAACAACAACAACCACACAAAAAAAACACCACAACCUCACCGCCAACAUGCCCGGUCGAACACUACCGACCUUUACCCUCGCCGAGGUCGAGUCGCACAAUACCAAAAAGUCGUGCUACGUAACGGUCGGGAAGAAUGUCUACGAUGUGACUGACUUUGUCGACGCCCACCCGGGAGGCGGUGACCUGGUCCUCGACUACGCUGGCAAGGACAUCACCGAUAUCCUCAAAGACGAGGCGUCACAUGCGCACUCCGAGGCGGCAUACGAGGUUCUCGACGACUCUCUGGUUGGGUUUCUGGAGGAUGCCUCCAACGGCGCGAGCGCAAACGGCAAGGCAAAGGCGAAUGGACAGGCCAACGGCACCUAUGUGCAUCCCCGAACGGGUAUGUCCUGUGAGGAGGAUCUUAGCAAGGAUACCGACAUUACCAGUGACUACAAGACACACAAGUUCUUGGACCUGAGCAGACCACUUUUUCCCCAAGUGUGGUUCGGUGGCUUCAGCAAGGAGUUUUACCUCGACCAGGUCCAUAGACCACGCCACUACAAGGGCGGUGCUUCUGCGCCACUCUUUGGCAACUUCCUUGAGCCUCUGAGCAAGACGCCUUGGUGGUUGAUUCCUGUGUUCUGGCUUCCGCCUGUUACUUAUGGCCUCUACCUUGCCAGCAGCGGGCUGACUGCUGUGGGAGAGGUGGCCUGUUUCAUUGGAGGCCUGGGUUUCUGGUCCAUCGCCGAGUACACUCUGCACAGAUUCUUGUUUCAUCUUGAUGAAUGGCUGCCCGACAAUCGUGUCGGCAUCACCCUGCAUUUUACCCUCCAUGGCAUUCACCACUACCUGCCCAUGGACAAGUACCGGCUGGUCAUGCCCCCGGCACUUUUCGCCGUGCUUGCUACUCCCUUCUGGAAGUUGGCACACACCAUCUUCUACUGGGAUUGGAACGUGGCUACUGCGGUCUAUUGCGGUGGCAUCUUCGGGUACAUCUGCUACGACUUGACGCACUACUUCCUGCACCACCAGAACCUUCCUCUCUGGUACAAGCAGCUGAAGAAGUUGCACUUGGAGCACCACUUCCUUGACUACGAGAACGGCUUCGGCGUCACCAGCCCCUUCUGGGACAAGGUCUUUGGCACCGAGCUCAGGGGCGCCAAGCCCGGCAAGAAGAGCAACUGA